GUUAGAAUCCUCUUUUGCAUGCAAAGGGAUAUAAAUUAAGACGGUCCGACGUUUUGGCAUACUAAAUUUAGUAUAUGAAUGACUCUGGCUUAGACUAUCCAGUAGCACAAACCAUUGUUUACUGAAACACAUUAUCUGUAGGGGGUUGUUUAUUCUACCUCUUCCGCACAAGCCCCACACGAUUCGACACAACAGUGUCGAUGUCCGUUCUUUCACGAGAAACAAAGAUGGCCGCCCGUUGACAUGGCGACGGCCGCGGGCAAUGAAUGAUGGGAGAAAAGUGAGCCGACACGCUUGAGUACACGUGUGAGGGACCCCUUGGGCGAGUAUGACGUACAUGUAUAGUUGUACCUGUGUGUUGUUUGUUACGGGUUUAGAUAUUGACUGUUGCUGCAAGAGCGAACUGUAUACUAAGGGCAGGCGAACCUAUAACACCAUGACGAGUUAACUGACGGCCAGCGUUUCAUUAGAUUUGAGGAGUUUUUGUCUACAACGAUGAGUGGCCAGAACAGCCUGGGACUCCCUGAAAACCGUGACACGGAUGACAACGACAAUACAGCCUUCAGUCACAACCUCGCCCCUCCGACACCCCCGCAUCACCUACCUCCUCUCCAACUCAAGGGUACCCUCCCACCACUUCAAACCACUCCCAAGCGCCCCCUACCGAAAGUUGUGAUUACUCCACCCCCGGAGCAUAGAAAACUCGGAGCUGUGCCAAUCUGCAGGGUUGCACCUGUCGGUGUUAGCAACGCGCGGAGGAGUAGGAGGUUGGGGAAGAAAUGGAUGGUGUCACUAAUCGCGGCGGGGGUGCUGACGGUGAUCGGCAUAGCUCUUGCCCUGGGUCUUGGUAUAGGCCUAAAGCAAUGACAACAGGAACCAUCAGGAACACGAACUUUCGUGGAAAAUGCUACGAAAGGGGAUCAUUGUGACUGCUGAUCGACAGCUCCACCUGGCGAGAGGCUUGUGUAUUACAAAGAGAAGCAUCUUCGUCAAGUGUUUUGCAGUCGGUAAUUAUUGUUGUAAAAAUGUACACUACGAGUAUUUACCAGACCACUGCUGUUGAACUGCUUAUUGUAUAAAAACGAAUAUAAGGUCUUCCUCAAUCGGCAAAUUGUAAAUACAAU